AUUGCUACCUCUCUCACUCCGUCCUAACAUUUUAUUUCCUCCUGUCUACCCCCCUACCUCUCGCUCUCUCCUUUUCUCCCUCUAUCAGAAUUCCCCCCUACCUGUCUGAACAGGGAGCAGUAGAGCGCUGCGGGACAGAGGAGAGAGAGAAAGAGGAGAAAGAAAGAGAGAGGAGGAGAGUAGGAGGAACAAAGACAUAGUGAGGGAGAACAGGAAAGCGGUGUGUGUAUUGAGAAGAGUGUGGACUGACGGAGAGGUGUAGAGGGGUGCAUAAGAGAAGUGUUGUGAGGAGGUUGCUCUGUUUUUGUCCUUUGGAAAACCUUUUCUCUGUUGGUGUCGUGCUGGCUUGGUAUGGAUGCUAUCAUGCUGCAGGAGAAACUAGUGGAACGCUUGCUGUGCCCUCGAGUCAGAACCGCCAGGCGGAAGGAGAAGCAGUAUGUGGGUUUUGCCACCCUCCCAAACCAGGUGCACAGGAAGUCAGUGAAAAAGGGUUUUGACUUCACUCUCAUGGUCGCCGGGGAGUCUGGUAUGGGUAAAUCUACUCUGGUCAACAGCCUGUUCCUCACAGACCUGUACAAGGACAGGAAACUUCUCAACGCUGAGGAGCGUAUCAACCAGACAGUGGAGAUCAUUAAGCACACAGUGGACAUUGAGGAGAAAGGAGUGAAGCUCAAAUUGACCAUUGUAGACACGCCAGGGUUUGGAGAUGCUGUCAACAACAAUGAAUGCUGGAAGCCGAUCACAGACUACAUCGACCAGCAGUUUGAGCAGUACUUCAGAGAUGAGAGUGGACUGAACAGGAAGAAUAUACAGGACAACAGAGUCCACUGCUGCCUCUACUUCAUUCCUCCGUUCGGACACGGACUGCGUCCAGUAGAUGUUGAGUUUAUGAAGGCUCUCCAUGAGAAGGUGAACGUGGUUCCUCUCAUUGCCAAGGCUGACUGUCUCACUCCCAAUGAGAUCAAGAAACUCAAAGACAGGGUCCGUGAGGAAAUUGAGAGGUUUGGCAUUAAGGUGUACCAGUUCCCAGAGUGUGACUCUGAUGAGGACGAGGAGUUCAAACAACUGGACAAAGAACUGAAGGAGUGCUGUCCGUUAGCAGUGAUUGGCAGUAACACAGUGGUUGAGGCCAGGGGCCAGAGAGUGAGAGGGAGACUCUAUCCAUGGGGUAUUGUGGAAGUGGAGAACCAGUCCCACUGUGACUUUGUGAAGCUGAGGAACAUGUUGAUUCGCUCCCACAUGCAUGACCUCAAAGAUGUGACAUGUGAUGUGCACUAUGAGAACUACAGAGCCCAGUGUAUACAGGACAUGACCAGUAAACUGACGCAGGACAACCGCAUGGAAAGCCCGAUCCCCAUCCUGCCCCUAUCCACCCCAGAUGUGGAGACAGACAGACUCAUCAAGAUGAAAGAUGAAGAGUUGGCGAGGAUGCAAGAGAUGCUAAAUAAGAUGCAGCAGCAGAUUCAUGACGGGAAGGACCAGUGAGCUACAGCCCCAUCUGCUGGCCACUGAACUACAACCACAACUUCAGACAUGUUACAUACCAACUAUAAUAUAAUCAGGGGUGAAAGUAUAUUUAAUGAGGACCUCCUAUGAGUGCACGUGCGCGCCAUUUUUUUAUGGGCCUAAUAAUAUAAUUACUUAUAAAUGUCUGUGUUAUUGUCGAUCCACGCUGCAUUUUAGAGCGUAACCCAAGCGUUUUUGUCUGUUCGCUCAUUCUUCAUGCGACUAACAUGCGGUAAUGAUAAGUAAUAGUAUAUAAGCCAACAGUUUUCUUGGAAUCACUAUGUUUUAAUUAUUGUGACAGGCUCAUGUUUUACCGGUACAGUGUACCCCCACUAUGUAUUUUGCCGGUACUCCGUACAGGACCUACUUACUUUCACCCCUGGAUAUAAUCAGCACUGUGUUGGGGGAAAACAGUAGCUGUAUAUUCAUUGGUCAUUUGUUUUUUGGUGCUUGCAUAUUUGGUCUGUCCUGCAAGGAGAAAUGUGGUGUUUUUACUGUAUCUUGUGUCCAUUUGAACCCCAUUAAUAUUAUUGACGGUCCUAGUAACAUAUGACAUAACAUAAACAUGUAAUAGAAAUGACCUGUUAAAUGUAUCCAAUUUAUAAAUAUGGUGAAUACUUUUGGGAUAUUCUGUCAGGUUAUGAAGACGCAUUACAAAAUGUUUUGUAAAACAGCGAUAUUACUGAUGUUAGUUUGAAUCCUUGUUGAUGUUGAACACGUGUGAGUGUGUGUGUCUGCAUGUUUCCAUAUGUAUCACCCUCUAUUACGAGAACCUUAUUCUGCUUUGAAACUGUGAGAAUCCGCUUUCCCUUUCUUAGUGGCAUUUCCUGUAUGUUCUAGCUACAGACUAAUGAACAAUAGGCUACCUAAGAAUCUGAACAUAAAUGUAACGUAUUAACUUUUUACUGCUGGUCUCUACUUUGACUUGUUGAGAAGUUGAGAAGACCUUUCUCAUGUUUUGGUGCUUGUGAAUUAGAUUGAAAAUGUCUCUAGCGCAGUUGCUUACCUUAAGUGAAUUGAGCCCCUCUGACAUACAGUACAUAGCAAAUGAAAGGGUAGGUACAGAACAGUAAGGGGUGCAUGUGCAAGCAUGCUGAAGUUACUCAAAUCCGCUUACAGCUGGAUUUCCACUCUCUCAUAUGAUGCAAUGUGUUUGUUCUGAAAUACAUUAUGACCUAUGCCACAGUGCCACUAUGGAGCUACUGUAUAUGCUUCUGUCCAAUAUGGCAUAUCCAUGUGUGUGUGUGUGUGUGCGUGUGUGCGUGCGUGCGUGCGUGCGUGCAUCUGUGUGUGUGUGUGAAGUAUAUGCUGCCCUCUGGCUGUGUCAUACAGGAUGGUGAUUGUGGCUUUUUAUAGUGCUAGCGUUCCGAGGACGUGGUGGAACUACUGACCAGGUUAUGACGACGAAUAAACAGUCUUGAUUCA